AGUGACUGUCUCGACCAACUUCUUGCUGGCAAAUUCGAUGAUGACCGCAAGAAGGUCCGUGAGGCUAUUCUCAGUCAAACCGAUGGAUGUACAGAAAAAAUCAAGGAACUACGUUUCCUCUUGGCAGCUGUACAAACGUUUGGCAAUGUAGAUGGAAUGUGUCUUAUGGCCGAAUACGCUAUGAAUGAGUUCAACUUACGAGAUGGAGUAGUCGAUAGGUUCUCUACACUUGUUGGCCCUUGGCAAAUUUCGAACGACAUCCAGCGGAAUCGAGCGGAGUUCCAUUCAAACGAAACACAUCGCAUUCCAUUGACCAUCGCGUCAACCCAAUAUGACAAAAGACAGGUGGGCUGA